UGGCUGUCAAACAGCUCUCCCCCUUUUCCUUUUCCACGCUGUGACCUCUGUGUUAUCCUGUCUUCCAUUUCAUUCUGCUUGUUUUGCGCCGUCACUCAAUGCGAUGUUAGUGCUGAGGGAAAACUUGUACUUUGAUUUGAUGUUGAAAUGUUUUUGUGCUUUUUGUUUCAGGGAAAAAAGAUCUUCGAUAUCAAAGGACAUUUAAAAAAGACGGACUGAAUCCCUGAGUGGAUUACUAAAAAAUGAGUAUGGCCUUUUUAUCUGAGAAGCACAAAUCCCUUUUCCCCCUCCUCCUCCUCCUUUAUGUCCCUCUCACCUGUCUGUGCCAGUCAACCAACAGCAGCUCAAUCAAUGCCACUUCCUCUCCCUCAUCAAAUGGAACUGCCCCGAAGAGCGUGCAUGGCUGUGGCAGAGGACUGAACCCCAUCUAUAGGUACCUGUGUGACCGCCGGGCAGCCUGGGGUAUCAUACUGGAGACCCUGGCUUCUUCAGGAUUCCUGUUCAGCAUGGGUCUCCUCCUAGGAAUGCUGUUCUGGUCUUUGUGGAUCUGCGUUUCAUCCAGGAACCAGCGCAGCAGCAUCGGCGGCACAGUGGCCUGCAUGUCCUUGUUCCUGUUGGCCACAGCUGGAAUCUUCGCCAUCACCUUCUCCUUCAUCAUCCGCCUCACCCCUCAGACCUGCCCCACCAGGAUCUUCCUCUUCAGCGUGCUCUUCUCCCUGGCCUUCUCCUGCCUGCUGGCCCGCUGCCUGGCUCUGCUGGGCUUCGCGGCGGCCCGGGGCUGGGGGGAGCCCGCUCUGGCUCUGGGGCUCUUCAUGGUGCAGGUUAUCAUCUCUACCCAGUGGCUGAUUCUGGUGUUGGUCCGAGACAAGAAACCGUGUGCGUACAGCCCGGAGGAGUUCGCCAUGCUGCAGAUCUACGUGCUGAUCCUGUUGGCGAUCAGCUUGAUCCUCUCCCUGCACUACCUGUGCCGCUCCUGUUUCACAUACAGCUACAGCUACGGAGCCAAGUACCAGCAGAGUCGAGCUCAGGCCACGCUGCUCUUCCUCACGCUGCUGCUCUCUGCCUGCAUCUGGGUGGUGUGGAUCACUAUGCUGGUCAGGGGAAACCCCGAGGUGGACCGCCGGCCGCAGUGGAAUGACCCGGUGCUUAGCAUCGCCUUGGUGACCAAUGGUUGGGUGUUACUGAUGGGAUACGGGUUAUCCCAGAUCGCUUUCUUCUGCAGGGGGGAGGCCAAGUCCAAGGAUAUCCCUCUGAGCUUUGCAGGCUGGACCAGCCCCAGCGCUGAUAUCCCAGGACUGGCCAGCCCCAAGGAAGGGAAGGAGAACGGAAGCUUUGAGAGCGAGAGUGACAGCAGGAGAGGCAGGAGGACUGAGCAAUCGCUGCGAUCGCCCUACGAGUCUGGAUUCUCCGUGACAGAUAUCGACCCUGACAAGGAUUACACCAUUCCUCGACCGCAGACCACCAACUACCUGGAACCUUAUGAUGAAUAUUAAUUCUAAUCACGUCUGCUUCUCUCACACACACAUAUGCACAUAAACUGAUAUGUACCAAAACCUCAUGCACUAAUCUGUACUUGGCACAAAAAUGUGUUUUUCUAUGUUGCAUUUUCUUGUGCAAAUGUAAAUAUUUUUUGUAUAUGUUUUUUUUCAAAUGUGCCAGUAGGAUGUGAAAUCCUCUGUCCCAAAAAGAAGAAAAACCUCAGCAGAAUGACUCAUCUGCUGGAGUUUCAUCAUGAAGGCUGGAUAGUUCAGAUAGUCCAGCUCUCUUCUGGCGGGAAAUCCACAGCACAAAUGCUUAGUGUGUCUUUAUGUUGGCGUGUG